AUGCGGGGCAAUGCGACAGGCUACGGCACCAAGUCGCGCUCCAAGCCGCGACUCACCAACAAGCUCAAGCUCGUCGUCCACCACGGCGACAUCGACGCCGAUCAGCCUGCCAUCGACGACGAAGACGAAAAGAACAAGGUCUCCUCCACCGCUGGCGUCGACGCAGAGGACUCACAUGAACACCAUCUCCAAGCCGUACUUUCCGCCGCCUCGCUGCGAGCCUCGGGCCAGCCACGCGCUUCUGGCUCCAGCGCUUAUAUCCCGACCCCCGAUGCGGCAGGUCAUGCUCCCGAUUGGGAACGUUACUAUACUGCCAACCGCUGGGAAGAGCCGGAAGGCUACGUCCGGUUUUCAGACACCGUCGAGGAGACCCAGGUCGGAGCCAUUGCCGCCGGAUGUACCUAUUACAUGGACGAGGUCGACGCCGAAUGGCUUUCCAAAAACAAUGCCGAACUCACCGAUGCUGCACGUGCCUCGUCCCCGUCGCGCGGUCUGCCUCGGAGCGCCAAAGCUCGUGGAAAGGAGCCCGAGUCGCCCUCGGUGGCCAUCACCGAGGACGAAUUCGAGCUCGUCAUGGGAAUACUCGAGCGUAUCACCGACGAACGCCAUCCCUGUCUGCAUGCUGAUGUAUCUAAAUUCCCCACUCUGACCGAUUUCGAGCCCGUAUUUUCCAACCGUCUUCCGAUAUCCUUCUUCCCGGACUACCGGGUACCCGAUUCUGUGCCUCCUCCAGCUCAACUCUUGCGCAUGUUCCGUGUCAUCUACCCACACUGGCGCGAACGCAGGCUCGAGCGAGAUGGCCGCCGCAUCAUUCCCCAGAUCAACUCCGACGAAACCAAUGAGGGCGAUCCCUAUGUGUGUUUCCGUCGCCGUGAUGCUAAGCCCGUCCGCAAGACUCGCCGUAGCGACACGGGCAGCGUCGACCGCAUGCAGAGCUUGUUUAACAAUAUCAGGCAAUUACAGCAUAUUGCUCAGUCGGUCGUGCGUCGGGAGCAGUUGAAACACAAUCGCGCGCUCGAAGAGCGUCAGAUUAUGAAUUGCCGCAUGAAUCUCGCCGAGGUCAAACGCAAGUUUCCGACAACACCAUUUGGAUCUCGGGAUGAUGACGAGGUAUUGGUCGAUAAGAUUGUCAAGCGCCCAAAGUUGGAGGGUACCAAUACCAUUCGACUUUCUCGGAGGCCAACCGUGCCGACUCCCCAACAAGCAGAAACGCCCACUCCAUCCGGUCCGACAGAGAUGCCCGACCCUCGCGCUGUGGCCGCUGCAAACAGGAAAAAGGUCGACGAAUUUAUGCAGCGAAACCCUCAGCAAGAGCGAUGGUGGGACGACCUUACCGAUGCGACGUACAUGCCUCUCCCCCGCCCGCUCCUCCCGAACGCCAAAUUCGCGGUGUUCGGUUACGCGUCGGUCGAGGUGGACGAAGGUUCGUCGACCGACGGCCCACCACCAGUCCGGCCAUUGCGAGCGGUAGCACAUCUGGUAGAGAAUCGAUGGGAAGAUUGGAGAGGCGCAAUGGCUCUCAAACUCAAGAAUGGCGAGGUCGUCACGGAGGAAGAAUUUGAGCGCGCGAUUGUGUUGAGCGAAAGGUGGAGGUACGACCGAGACGAGAGGUUGGAAGAGAACGUGGACCAGCCGAUUGUGGUAGAUGAUUAUGCGGAUAGGUUCAUACUCUCUCGAUUGGCACGACACUCUAUUGAGGACUACGAGCUUCUCUCGAGCGACCAGUCAGCAAUUCUGCAACACUUGAUCCCAUCACAACAUCGAACCUCGAUACCCCUCAUGGCCCUGGAUCAAGCCCGGCAACUCCAACGCCUGCCGCCGCCACUCCUUACCGCGACUGCUACUCCUCCCUCUGAGCCUACCAUCACUGCAUCGCCAGUGCCUACCACCACAGUCACGCCCGCUACCGCAUCGAGAUUACAAGCGCUGGCGAUGCAGCAAAAGGCUCAAGUCCAGGCUCGCCCAUCGAGUACCCAGCCCCAGGUGGCGAUUCGCCAGUCCCGACCGCCAGUCGGUAUGCCCAACGGGAAACCGCUUUCGAAUGGGACGCCACCGGCCGUACAGAGGCCGGGUUCGGCGCAGGGGACGACGAUCACUACCAAUGGCACGCCGACCAUUAACGUUCCUGGCACCACAGGCGCGAUGGUUAUUCCUGGUGCUGGAGGUGUUGGGACACUUAACGGGACUACGGCGGGUGGACUGGCGGUGCCUCAACAACAGAGAGGGAGUGCAAGUCCCCAUGAUAACCGCGGUGGAUCUCCGCUGCGUCCCUUGUCAAGUAUGGCCAACGGCACGGCUCCCAAUCCUACAGCUCAAGCAGCGUACCAGCAGCUCACGCAGCAACAGCAAAUCGAAUUGAAACGUGCUUUCCAUUCGCAGAACGGAGGGAUUUAUGUGAACGGGAUGAUGGGGACUCCACCGAUUCAAUUGACAUUGCCUCAACAGCGCCCACAGUGGAAUCGAACGCCUACAGCCCGGCCUGGGGUUACUACGAACGGAGUGACGUCGGCACAGGCGAGUCCCCCCGUGAACCAUGGAAGCCCGACUGGACAACUAUUGAGCGUUCCACAAACCUUUUAA